CCAAGACAUUUUGUCAAAAAAUAAUAAUGUUAUAAUUCAGAAAUAGUUUAUAUUUUGUAAAUUAAUAAUUUAUUAGGUAUUUCUUCUUAUGAUUUUGAGAUGCAAUAUGACCCGGACGUGCUCUUGACAGGCUUUGUGAGAUUCACCCACUUAUAGUCUAGAUUAUUUGUGUACAUUUAUACUUGAGAAAAACAAGAGAAUCCAAAUCCUGUAGAAGAGGUCGAGUCUGCGCAUGCGCGCUGCUGACUCGCUGUAAUCCUCGCUCAUCUCUGCGCGUGCUGGAGAGGAACGGGCUGAAUGAAGAACCGAAUCAAAUUAAUAACAGCAUCAUAUGCAUGCACAUCAAAGUGCGCUUUAGACACACGCAUGCUGUCAUCAUGAGUCCCGUGAGGAGAUGCAUGGAAACACCGCUGCAGUUCGGCUGCUGUGUGUGUUUAUGCGGCGCGCGACAGCAGCAGCAGCAGCAGCACCAUCAUCAUCAUCAUCCGCUCCAGCCGAAUCAGAAGUGACCGAACCGGCACACACUGAACCGCGCGGGACCGACCGAACCGCACCGCGCAGCAGGGAUCUUUCUAUAUCAUCCAUCCCGGUCCUUCUGACUCUUGACCGCAGCUGAGACCCACAUCGGACCGGAGAACCGGCGGAACCGGAGCGCUCAUGUCCUCACCGGGCCCGAGACCACUGCACCUCACCCGAGCCUCUCUGCGCCGUUAAAUAUUCAUAGUCACGAUCUGAGUGUCAAACUUGAUACUCCGGUGCCUGGAGUGACAGAUGAGAACCUUCACAGCCGUCGCUGUCACGUUAUGAACAUCUGCAUGAGCUUUAGAUGAGAUGAGCAGCUGGAUCUAUACAAACAGGACGAGAUUCACUGCAGCACUUGCAGUCUGACCCGCUGAGGGCCUCCACUGGGUCAGAUACCCUCUCUAUGCCAUGUUAUGAGUCCACUGAUGCUGGAGACACACAUGCAUACACACUGAUGUUUAUACAGGGGUUUGCACACACACACUUGCCUGCAUGCAUGCAUAGUCACAUAUAUGUUAUGUUGUUUUUAUAUCUGGCUGAUUGUAUUUUCUACGCUUACUAGGGUGGAUGGUAUAUUGGUGGUAGCUAUACUGGUAUUUGCAGGCUGGAUGAAAUGUGACGCAUCGUAAUCCCGGUGACAGCUGCGGAAAGAUGAGCCACAGACAGACAGAGAGUGAGAGAGAGAGACAGGCAGUGAACAUGAUUAGAGGGACUGUGCUGUGACUCAACCAGACGCAUAGAAAAACAAGACGGGAAUGGAGACUGGAAACUUUCUCGCUGCGUCAAAGUUCCUCUUUUAAACCCAUAAACGGCGUGUUUUCUUCUCGAGGGCUUCAGUAAUGUCUUGUACCGCCAUCCCCGAAGUGUCGUCCUUCCUCUCAGGCGAGGUUACGGCAGGUUAAAUGCCACCUGAGGCUUAGAGAGACUGGGCCUGUUGAGCUGAAGGGCCCGCGGCCCUCGCAGACCUUUGGGGAAAACGGCACCCGUGGAUCCUGUCAAUCACAGCCACUUCCUGAUGUUGAUCUCUGGCAGACUAGAGGAGAUGUCUGACCCUCCUAACUGAGCUCAAGAACCGUAGAUCUUUGUGUUUGAGUGUAUUUAUGUGCAUGAAAGACAAACAGAAGGACGCAGCGAGUGCGUUUCUAAGUUGCUCGUGGCAAUGGGGAGUUCUGCGUCGUCUCUGACCACGGACAGAGAAUCAGAUCACGGGUUCGGCACGGCUCCGUUCCCACCGGCUGCUCCGAUGGGCUGGCUCAGGACCAGCCACAGCAGUCCGGUGUGGGGAACCACUUUCAUCACACGCCAACAGCAGCAGCAGCAGCCUAUCCCACACAGAGAGCGCAGUCACUCUCAUUCUCCUGGUUCGAUGGCAGCAGUUGUGAGGAAUUCUGAUUGGUCAUGCGGGCGCUGCACGUUUCUUAACUCCAGCGGCUCCUUACGCUGCUCUAUUUGUGAAGCUCCUCGGCAGAAGCCGGAUUUGAACCAUAUUUUGCGCCUCAGCAGUGCUGAGGAACCUCGCUGGUCCUGCCCCCGUUGCACUGUGACCAAUCACCAUGGAUUAGGCUCAUGUUCUGUGUGCGGAGCACCUCCAGUUACGCCCAACGGACCCCUCCCACCCAAGCAGCCCCCGCCCACUCCACUAGAGCCCGCCUCCAGCCCUGAAGCCAAAGGUCAGGUAGCCAAUGGGGAGUCCCGAUGCGCAGAAUCCAAUGGGGAGGUGUCUGUGCUAGGGGAGGGGUCAUUAGAGUGGGCGUGUCCUCGCUGUACUUUAGUGAAUACUCCGGUGGCAUUAUCAUGCUCGGCAUGUGGUGGUCCGAGGAAACUCUCGUUACCGAAAAUCCCUCCUGAAGCGCUAGUGGUCCCGGAAGUGCGCACACCCGUGGCGGGGUUUCCCACGCAAGCGGCGGGAGCAUCCGUGCCACUUCUCAUCGAUCUGACUGAAGAUUCUCCACCCCAAGCACCUUCUGAAACCCCUUCUCCACCCCCCGUCCCGUUUCUGCCCCCUUCCCUGUCCUCGCUUCAGAAUAACCCCGUGCCUCGCAGCCGAAGGGAAGUCCCGCCCCCUGGCCGGCCCCCGAACCCUGCCCCCUCGCCAACCUCGCCCUCAACCUGCCCGCCUACCAAACCCAAGCCCCUCCCACCAUCAGACAACUACUCACUCAAGCGCCUGAGUGUGCUGGAGGAGGAGCCUAACAACCCCGCCCCUCCAGUCACGUCUCCGCCCUCUUGGAAGUGCCCUGGAUGCUCCGCCCCCACAGCUCCUCCCUCAUCAUCCGCCGGCCGCUGCGACACAUGUCGAGGGUCGCGGCCGGGUUCGGGCGGUGACGUCAUCGACGUACUGGGCGAGUCGGUGCGAUUCACGCCGGCAUCGCCGUCCAGUCCAGACUUCAGCUCGUGGGCAUGUUCCAAAUGUACAUUGCGCAACCCGACAGGCACGGGCCACUGCACGGCCUGCGGAUCGUCCAAAUUACACGGUUUCUUUGAGCCGUCCAACUGCUCGUCAUGUUCUCGGAAACAACAGCAUUCGCGUGCCUUUACUCCCGCCUCCUCUUCCUCCAUCUCAUCCCCGUCUGCGCAGGACAAGAGCACAUGUCAGUGGACGUGUCCUGCCUGCACGCUCUUGAACGAAGCAAGGAUGAAGCAUUGCGCGGCAUGUCACACCCCGCAGCAGUACCUGAAUCAGAGGAAAAUCGGGAAACCGCUCAAACGCCGGGAGAGCAUGCAUGUGGAGACGCGCAGACGCACGGAUGAGGGAGAGGCUAAGGAAUUGUGGGAAAAUAUUGUCAGCUUCUGUAGAGAGAACGCGGUGAACUUCGUGGAUGACAGUUUCCCCCCCGGUCCGCGUUCGGUCGGGUUCCCCGAGAACGACAGCGUCCAGCAGCGAAUCAAAAAGUGGCUACGCCCUCACGAGAUUAACUGCAAUAACUUUAAGGAUCGUGGCGUGAAGUGGUCCGUGUUCAGGACGCCCCGCCCCUCUGACAUACUGCAAGGCCUUCUGGGAAACUGCUGGUUUCUAAGCGCUCUGGCGGUGCUAGCGGAGCGGCCCGAGUUGGUGGAGCGUGUAAUGAUCACCAGAACCAUAUGCCAGGAGGGAGCGUAUCAGGUCCGGCUCUGUAAGGACGGGACGUGGACGACGGUUCUGGUGGACGACAUGCUGCCCUGCGAUGAAUACGGAUUUCUGCUCUUCUCACAGGCUCAGCGGAGGCAGCUGUGGGUCGCGCUGAUAGAAAAGGCUCUGGCGAAGCUGCACGGCUCGUAUUUUGCGCUGCAGGCCGGUCGUGCCAUCGAGGGUUUGGCGACGCUCACUGGCGCCCCCUGUGAAAGUCUGAUGCUGCAGGUCAGCUCAACCAACCCACGUGAAGAGCCCAUCGACACGGACCUCAUAUGGGCCAAAAUGCUCAGCUCCAAAGAGGCCGGCUUUCUGAUGGGGGCGUCCUGUGGUGGCGGGAACAUGAAGGUGGAUGAUGCUGUAUAUGAAUCUCUGGGGCUCCGGCCGCGACAUGCCUACUCCAUCCUGGACGUCAGGGAUGUUCAGGGCUACAGGCUGCUACGUCUGAGGAACCCCUGGGGCCGGUUCUCCUGGAACGGCUCGUGGUCAGACGAGUGGGCCGACUGGCCGCAGCACCUGCGUCACGAGCUCAUGGCUCACGGCAGCAGUGAAGGCGUCUUCUGGAUGGAAUACGGAGACUUUAUUAAGUACUUUGAUUCGGUGGAUAUCUGCAAGAUUCAUCCUGAUUGGCAGGAAGUUCGUCUGCAGGGCUGCUUCCCGUGCCGGGCGAGUAAACCGGUGACCGUCACCGCCCUCACGGUCCUGGAGAGAACCGCGCUGGAGUUCGCCCUCUUCCAGGAGGGCAGCAGGCGUUCAGACACGGCCGACAGUCACCUGUUGGAUCUGUGCAUCAUGGUCUUCCGGGCCUCGUUCGGUAACGGGAAUAGGCUGGUCCUGGGGCGUCUGCUGGGGCACAGCAAGCGCGCGGUGAAGAAGUUUGUAGGAUGUGAUGUGAUGCUGGAGCCGGGAGAGUACGCGGUGGUCUGCUGUGCCUUCAACCACUGGCAGAUGGACCUGACGGGCGCUUCGACACCAGUCUCCAGCCCCACCAACGCUCGCAGACCCAGUCAGGAUUUCCCAGGGUACAUCCUGGCCAUCUACAGCUCCAGACAGGUGAUGGUGGAGCAGGUGGAGGCCACGUCCACCACACUCGCCGACGCCAUCAUCCUGCUGACGGAGAACAAGGGAGAGAGACACGAGGGUCGGGAAGGAAUGACAUGUUACUACCUGACUCACGGGUGGGCGGGGCUUAUCGUCGUCGUGGAGAACCGUCACCCGAAGUACUACCUCCAUGUGUCAUGUGACUGUACCGACAGCUUCAACGUGGUGUCGACCCGCGGCAGCCUGAAGACCAUCGACAGCGUGCCGCCGCUGCACAGGCAGGUGCUGGUGGUCCUGUCCCAGCUGGAGGGGAAUGCCGGAUUCUCCAUCACACACAGACUGGCCCAUAGGAAAGCAGCGCAGGCGUCUCUGGGCGACUGGACGUCUAGUAAAGCCACACACUCGCCCCAGCUCACGCCAGACACUGACGGACUGCACAGACCGCGGCCGCUUUGACACACGCUCACACACACACACAUAGACACACUCUCCCUUCAUGAAACCACACAGACGAGACCCGUGAUGAUGAACACACACACACGCAGGCACUGAGAGAGUCUGGGUGGAACUACUGAGCCAAUCACACGUCUGCUUGCUGAGCCAAGCCCCGCCCACUGCAAACACACUCGCUCUGCUGCAUUCACAUCCAUCCUGGAGUCCGCCGCACGUCUCCUGUCUCUUUUACAUGCGUUCAGUCAGACAGACAAUCUCACCAAAAUAUUUCAGAUGGAUUAUUUCACCAUAAUCAAAAGGAGUGCAAAAUGGAGCUUGUUUUUAGGAUCAUUAUUAUUAUUAUUACUAACGUUUCAAUUAUAUUAGAUUUUUCUGUGACAAUUAAACACAUUUUUCCCUCCUAUUUACAUUACUGUAAGACUCCUGGACAUUACAGUCUUAUAAUAAUAAUAUUAAUAAUAAAAAUUAUUAUUAUUCUAAUAUUGUUAUUAUUAUUACCGUUUCAAUUAUAUUAGUUUAAUUUUCCCAUCAAAUUCAUAAGUCUUCCGGACAAUUCAUUUUUAAUUUUAUAGUUUUUGUUAUUUAGGAUUAUCUUGACUAGAUUCUUACGUGAACACAGUGUUUUAAUGUAUUAUAAUAUUAGUGUUUUUUUUUUUUUUUUACCACAUUUAGGCAGUACAACAAAUGUAACUAUGUUUAUAUAUUUUUUUAUAUAAUUAGUAUUUAAAUAUUAUAUCAUUGCUUUUUCCACAUUUCUGUAGAGUUUUUUUUUUUAUUACUGUCGUCUGGAUUUGGGGUAUAAUUGUGUGUAAUUGUCACAACUCAGGAUAUCUUAAAGGCCCAAAACACAGGUUUAAUUUCCUUAGGCAAACUAUAUCUUUAUUCUUCCUAAUCUUAGGGUGAAAUGUGCCAAGGUCUCCACAUGUUUUGUGAGAUUUAGUUUUAUUGCCGUUCUGACAGCCAAUCAGCAGCCUGCUCUGUGCUCACAUGUUCUGUAUCAUGGGUAAUGUAUGAAGAAUGACGAUACUUGAUUGUAAGUGUGUGGUACUUCACCGGCUGUGAGGGGUUUAUGUGUUGAAGACACAUGUGGGAACCAUCUUUUAAUUUAUUUAUGUUGUGUUUUAGUAAAGAAGCACAAGAGGAGCUGCUGAACGAGCGCUGAUCUGCAGAGACUCAUGGGAAUGUUUUGAUCAUCAGGUUGAUGAGUGUGUUGGACUUUAUUUGUGCACUGAGCGUCUCCGGUGUUUUCUUGUGUUGGUCAGUGUCUCCCUCUGUUGGUGUGUGUCGGUCUGAUCAUGUGACGUCUCUCACACACACACACACACACACACACACACUUUCUGUCUUUCUUUUGUAAAUUGUACAGCGCUGUUCCCCUCUGCACAAUCCCGUCUGAAGUUCUCGCUGUAAUUAUACAGAUCUCUGUCGGCCAGGAAUAUAAUAUAUAGAAUAUUUUAUUGAUUCUUUGACAAAAAAAAUGUAUAAAAGUUUAAAAUCUGUAUGGUUCAUUUGCAAUCUCAGGUUCUCUUGGACCAAAUGACAAAUAAAGGUUUUGUUUUGUUUCA